CUUUUAGGUUAGAAAAUGCGAGCUUGAUGAGUCGCGACUCUCUCUCAAACACUCUCUUCCCACAUAUUCAGUCAAAUCUCUCUCUCUUUCCUCUUCCCUCUCUCCUCACCGACGGCCGGCCACCGGAAACCACGAACGGCAAGCACCGCUGACGACGAGCCACCUACAUCUCCGGCGACGAGCUACCCACCGUCAAAAUCCCCAAAUUUCAAAACCCCAACCCACUGUCAAAAGCCAUCUUCCCUCUCUCCCAGUGACGACGAAACGCACAGGAAUAACGUUGUCUUAGCUUGUUUUGAUAUUCAGUCAAAGAGAUGGGGAAAGCGAAGAAAGGCCGUAAAUUUGCAGUCAUGAAAAAGAUUGUCACCCAAAAAGCCAUUAAAAAUUACAAACAACAGGUUCUGGACCCAAAAAAGAAAGAAGACAACGAAAAAAAGCUCCCAAGAAAUGUGCCGAAGGUUUCAUCGGCGCUUUUCUUCAAUUACAACACCUCUUUGGGACCGCCGUAUCGGGUUCUAAUAGAUACCAACUUCAUCAAUUUCUCUAUACAGAAUAAAUUGGACCUGGAGAAGGGAAUGAUGGACUGCUUAUAUGCAAAAUGCACUCCUUGCAUCACUGAUUGUGUGAUGGCAGAGCUUGAGAAGCUAGGUCAGAAAUAUCGAGUUGCUUUGAGGAUUGCUAAGGAUCCUCGUUUUGAAAGACUAAUUUGUACUCAUAAAGGGACCUAUGCGGAUGACUGUAUUGUUGAUAGAGUUACUGAGCAUAAAUGCUACAUUGUUGCUACUUGUGAUCGAGAUUUGAAGCGAAGGAUCCGAAAGAUCCCUGGUGUACCAAUCAUGUACAUUACCAAGCACCAGUACUCAAUUGAGCGGUUGCCUGAAGCAACAAUUGGCGGAGCUCCAAGAUAUUGAUGAUGGAGGUAUGAUCGUGCAACAAUUCGACGGUUUUGGCGAUGAUCCUCUCCUCAUAUUGGGGUUUGUUUGUUGUGGUGGUGGUUGUUGCAAAGAGGAGAUUUGGAACAUUCAGAUGCCAUGUUUUGCUGCCCUCUGGGAAUUUGUUCCAUAUAUACUUAUAUGCAGUCUUCGUCUGCAACAGUCAUGUAAUGCUUAAGAAAGAAAAAGAAAUCCAUAAUUCUAAGAUCCAAGUUUCUUUUUGUGGUAAUUCCCACAUCAAGUCAUUGCCAUUUU